UGUUUUGUUUUUAUUUAGGCCUUGGUUGGUCAGGAAUGAAAUAAAAACAGGACACAAAGAGCAUGGUAUUGUUCUGCUGAGGAUCCUGCAUUCCUGUAUAUCUCUGUUUCUGUCUGCCAUCUUUGCCCAUAAUUCUCCCAUUGUUCUUUGUCUCUAGAUUUCAUUACUGGAUGAAAAGGAAGGCAUCUUGAUUGUUUGGGAUCCUUUUUUUUCCAGCAAGAUUUGAUUUUGGAGCUGUUUCUUGAAUCUAGGUUUGGCGGGGAAGAUGAACUUUGGUCAGUUUUGAUAACUGUUUUGUGAUAAAGAUGCAGCCGGAUCAGAGAAGAAAGCCAGCAGCAGAAAUCGAGUUUUUCACCGAAUAUGGUGAAGGUAGUAGAUACAGAAUAGAAGAGGUAGUCGGCAAAGGGAGCUACGGCAUCGUUUGUUCGGCUUAUGACACACAAACCAGUGAAAAGGUGGCAAUUAAGAGGAUCAAUGAUAUAUUUGAACAUGUCUCUGAUGCAACCCGCAUACUUCGAGAAAUUAAGCUUCUUCGGCUCCUGUCUCAUCCCGAUAUUGUCGAAAUCAAGCACAUUUUAUUGCCGCCUUCUCGGAGGGAAUUCAAAGAUAUCUAUGUUGUUUUUGAACUCAUGGAGUCUGAUUUACACCAAGUUAUUAAGGCAAACGAUGAUUUAACUCCAGAACACUAUCAAUUUUUCCUUUAUCAGUUGCUUCGCGGAUUGAAAUACAUACACACAGCAAAUGUAUUUCACAGGGACCUUAAACCGAAAAACAUUUUGGCAAACUCUGAUUGCAAGCUUAAGAUAUGUGACUUUGGCCUCGCGAGAGUGGCCUUUGAUGAUACUCCGACGGCCAUAUUUUGGACGGACUAUGUUGCUACCAGGUGGUACAGGGCACCUGAAUUAUGUGGAUCCUUUUCCUCAAAGUAUACACCAGCAAUCGAUAUAUGGAGCAUUGGUUGUAUCUUUGCUGAAUUAUUGACCGGAAAGCCUCUAUUUCCUGGGAAGAAUGUUGUCCAUCAAUUGGAUUUAAUUACAGAUUUAUUGGGCACACCUUCUGCAGACGCCAUUGCCAGAGUCCGAAACGAGAAGGCAAGACGAUACUUAAGCAGCAUGAGGAAGAAAAAGCCUAUACCUUUAUCUCAGAAAUUCCCAAAUGCUGAUCCACUAGCCCUCCAUUUGUUAGAGAGGAUGCUAGCUUUUGAACCUAAGGAUCGUCCUUCUGCCGAAGAGGCUUUGGCACAUCCCUACUUCAGGGGUUUAGCGAAAGUCGAGCGGGAACCUUCUGCUCAGCCCGUGACGAAGAUGGAAUUUGAAUUCGAAAGACGACGGAUAACUCAAGAAGAAAUCAGGGAGCUCAUUUACAGAGAGAUUCUUGAGUAUCACCCGAAAAUGUUGAAAGAGUUCCUCAAGGGAACUGAAUCUACUGGCUUUAUGUAUCCAAGUGCUGUAGAUCAAUUCAAGAAGCAAUUUUCUUGCCUGGAAGAAAAUUACAAAAACGGCACAACUGUUGCGCGGCCUGAAAGGCAACAUGCAUCAUCACUACCAAGGCCCUGUGUAGUUGCUGAUCCUGAUAAUAGAACACAGGUUGCAGCAGAAAUCAGUGAGGAUUUAUCCAAGUGUGGCAUUAAGGAAACUGAAAAGCCACAAGCCUACAAGAAUGGUGCUAUCCCUUCAACAAAAACUACUCAAGUCUAUCAGAAUUCCCAUGGUAUUGCUGCUAGGCCUGGUAAAGUUGUUGGCUCUGUUAUACAGCACAACAAUGCCCAGGCAGUUGCUCUUACUGACGCUGGAGAGGUAGAUGACACUCGGAAAAAUGUUAAAAAUACAGCAGGUCAGUUGUAUUAUGCACGAUCGGGUUAUUCAUAUCCGAGGAGAAAUUCAAGCUGUAAGAGUGAAAGAGGCAAUGAGGGAUUGGAAGGGCCUUCAAUUGUGCAUCCGAAACACUACAUUGCGAGAAAAGUGGCAACAGCUGCAGCUGAAGGUAGCGUUGGGUGAUAACUGGUGAAAAAUGGGAGGGGAUUGUAUUGCACACUUGCAGUCAUACAGUAUCUGUAAAUGCUGGGGGUGCAGCUCAACACAGUUACAAUGUUUAUUUUGUUUGAUUGUGUUUGCAUGGGAAUAAAAGGGAUUGGAUACAUCCUUUUAUCCAUUCUAAUGCUAUCUUUCAACAAUGGAGCCAUAUCCUAUGUAAUUGCCUCCAAUGUAUAACAUAGAACCUUAUAAGACCAA